AUGGAGCAGGCCUUCAAGGUCGUGGAGAUCGAGCUGGUGCUCAUGUACGAGUCCAUCCACUCUAAGGCCCCCGUGAUCCACGGCUGGCUCGGCCGGGGCCUCCGCGUCUUCACCCUCGCCGCGCCGGUCGUGUCGCUUGUGCUCUUCGCGCGCGCCGCCGGCGACAUGCGAGGCUACGCGCGCGUCGACGUCCACAUCUCCUACGUGCUCCUUGGCGGCGCCGUCUUCUUGGAGACCUACGCCAUCCUCCUCAUGGUCAUCUCCCCCUGGACCUAUGCCGACCUGCGAGCCAGCGAGCGGCUCCGGCCGGCGCCUAGGGCGGUGCUCUGGCUCAUCAAGCUCUUCCAGCCGGAGACUAGGCCAAGGUGGUCGAACCGGAUGUCGCAGUACAACCUCAUCAGCUACUGCCUCAACGACGAGCCCCGCUGGUACAAGGGGCUCAUGGAACGGCUGGAGUGGCGGUGGAACUUCCGUGUGAAGACGAUGUGGGACAGCUGGAGGUACACGAAGAAGAUCACCGUGCCGAAGGAUCUCAAGCGGCUCGUCUUCGAUCAGCUCAAGAGCAAGGCGAACAGCACCAUGGACCUCAAGAGCUACCAGAAGCUCGGCGAGCACCGGGCCAGUGGGCGCUCCAGCGCAAGGGCCAGACGGCCUGUACCAGCAGCUGGGGUGGAGCGUCGACUGCGAGUUCGACGACAGCAUCCUGCUCUGGCACAUCGCCACCGACCUCUGCCUCUACGCGAGCAAGGACGACACCUAGCAGAAGCAGCGGUGAUGAUAUCCAUCUGCAUGCUCUACCUCCUGGUGAUGCGCCCGUUUAUGAUGACAGUGAGCAUCGGGCAGAUCCGGUUCGGCAACACCUGCGCGGAGGCCAAGGGCUCCUUCCGGCGAGCAGACGAGGCCGGGGACGAGGCCGGCUGCGUGGAAAGGCUCCGCGCCGUGGACACGUCCAUCGUGGAGCCGCGGGACGUCAAGGGGGACCGGAGCAAGUCGGUGCUGUUCCAGGCGUACAAGCUCGCCCAGCAGCUGCUGGAGCUGGAGGGCGCCACGGAGGCCAAGCGGUGUCGGCUCGUCGCCAGCGUGUGGGUGGAGAUGCUCUGCUACGCCGCCGGCAAGUGCAGCGGCAGCGCCCACGCCAGGCAGCUUAGCCAGGGCGGCGAGCUGCUCAACUUGGUCUGGCUGCUCAUGGCGCAUUUCGGCGUUGGCGACCAGUACAGGGUCGAGUCCGGCCACGCCAGGGCCAAGCUCGUUGUUGAUAGAUAA